ACCAAAAUUAAAUCUCUUCGUGAAGAAUUUUGAAAGCUCAUUUUCCAUUCCGUCUUGUGCCUUCAGAAAAACUUAAUGUUAGGUAACCAAAAUAUAAAAAAGAAUAACAUACCUCUUUAACUAUGCGGCCAACCUCGUGAGAUCUACUCAUUUUGCUCGGUGGCAACGUCUUCAUUCCUAUCAUUCACCAUAUCUGUUGAGAGAGAGAGAGAGAGAGAGAUGGCUGAUAAACCUCAUGCUGUGUGCGUCCCUUUUCCAGCCCAAGGCCACAUAAACCCAAUGCUCAAACUAGCAAAAAUCCUCCACUUCAAUGGCUUCCACAUCACCUUUGUUAAUACUGAAUAUAACCACAGACGCUUACUCAGGUCUAGAGGCGCCAGCUCUCUUGAUGGCUUGCCAGACUUUCAAUUCGAAACUAUCCCUGAUGGUCUUCCACCAUCAGAUGCUGAUUCCACUCAAGACAUCUUGACUCUUUGUUACUCCACCUCCAAGACUUGCUUAGCCCCAUUUCGUGAUCUUAUUGCCAAACUCAACUCUUCCAGUGUUAUACCCCAGGUAACAUGUAUUGUCUCUGACGCUAUAAUGAAUUUCACUCUUGAUGCAGCUGAAGAAUUUGGAAUUCCUGAUGCACUGUUUUGGACUCCUAGCGCCUGUGGUGUUUUGGGCUACUCAAAAUGUCGUUUACUUUUUGAAAGAGGCUUAACACCUGUUAAAGAUGUGAGUUAUCUAACAAAUGAAUUCUUAGAAACAGCUAUAGAAUGGAUUCCAGGAAAGGAAAAUAUCCGUUUGAGGGAUCUUCCAAGUUUAGUUACAACUGCAGACGUGGACGAAAUCAAUUUGAUUAUAACACUAAUAGAAAGAACUUCAAGAGCUUCUGCUGUCAUUUUUAACACAUUUGAAUCCUUCGAACGAGAUGUUUUGGAUGCUCUCUCCACAAUGUUUCCUCCAAUUUACACUCUCGGUCCUCUUCAAUUGCUUGUUGAUCAGUUUCCAAACGGUAAUCUGAAAAAUUUUGGUUCAAAUCUUUGGAAAGAAGAGCCUGGGUGCAUUGAGUGGCUUGAUUCAAAAGAACCAAACUCAGUGGUUUAUGUAAAUUUUGGUAGCAUCACUGUAAUAACACCACAGCAAAUGAUGGAAUUUGCUUGGGGGCUAGCCAACAGCAAUAAACCUUUUUUAUGGAUUAUAAGGCCUGACCUAGUUGAAGGCGAAUCUGCGAUGUUGCCAUCUGAAUUUGUAUCUGAAACGAAGAAGCGAGGCAUGUUAGCAAACUGGUGUCCUCAAGAACUAGUCUUGAAGCAUCCUUCCAUUGGAGGGUUUUUAAGUCACAUGGGGUGGAAUUCUACAAUGGAUUCUAUCUGUGCUGGUGUGCCACUUAUUUGUUGGCCGUUUUUUGCUGAUCAACAGACCAACUGUAUGUUUGCUUGCACUGAAUGGGGUAUUGGCAUGCAGAUUGAUAACAACGUGAAAAGAGACGAAGUGGAGAAACUUGUGAGGGAGUUAAUGGAGGGAGAGAAGGGAAAGGAUAUGAAGAGGAAGGCAAUGGAAUGGAAAACCAAAGCGGAGGAAGUCACUAGGCCUGGUGGUUCCUCCUUUGAGAACUUGGAAGCAUUGGUGAAAGUUCUUGCAUGCAAGCAGACAUGUUAGAAUCCUAGUGGCAGAUCUUCUUUCUUAUCGUUUCUGUAUUGGCAAUGCACUGCUUUAAGCUGAAAAAAUUUAUCUUGUGACCAUAAAUAAGUAUUAAUUUUCAGUAUUUUUCAAAUAA